AUGAAAGAGAUGACUCUCCUCGUAGAUACAGACACAGAGCUACAUGAUGUGCAAGAGGCCCACAUCAAAUUUCAGCGGGAUGAGGGACCAAGGAUCUAUGAGGAUGGAACAGCCGAUGAGGGGCGAAGCUCAGCGUCUUCGGCAGGUGCCGGCAUGCCCUGCAUGCGAGCAAUGGUGAAGCCCAUGGAGUGGGCGAAGAUCCAGGAGAAGCUGUCGAGGUUUGCAGAGAAGGCCUUGUUAGAUCCUCACAUCCGGCCGAAGAGCUUGAAGAAGCUGCAACUACAGAUUCCCGGCGAAGGAUGGCUCAGCGUGAAAGAAGCCGCUGUGAAACCCUUUGGAGGCAUGUUCUCACGCAAGGUCGUCAGCCGCCCUGAAGAUCCCUUUUGGAGACUCUGUGGGGUGAGUCACUUUGGUUCCCCACCAUCCAUGAAGACGCACGAGCUGAAGGCCGUUCAACGGGGCGGUGGAGAAGAGAAGAGUCCACCACCGGGGGCCACCGGGGGUGAGAGGAGGUACAACUUCAUUAAGGGCCUCAACGACAAGUCAGCCAAGGUCCUGGUAGUCGGCGCUGGCUUCAUCGGCGUGGAAUGGGUUACCGAGAUCCAGCACUUCUUUCCAAAUGUGAAGUUGACAAUCAUCGACUUCUUACCUCAACCCCUGGGGCCUUUGCCAGCAAAGGCGGCCAAGUACUGUGAGAAGUACAUGAACAAGGUUGGCAUCAAGCAGUUCUACAACACCAAGUACGAUGCCAAGAACCCUGAGUUCUGGAAGAGCAUUGAUAUGGUUAGUGGACCCGACAAGGAGUACGUGUGCAUUGGUGUGAAGGCGUCCAACUACUUCAUGCCAAAGGAGACCUUGAGCGAGAAGGGACCUGGUGGCGGAGGUUGGAUUCUGAUGAACCAGAACUUGUCCGUCAAGACUCGCGAUGGCAAGCUUUGGGGUGCGGAUGACAAGGGCUUCCCCCGAAUCUAUGCUGUGGGCGAUUGCAACUAUGGGUGCAUUGAAGAGGCAGGCAAGAAGCCAGACGAUUGGCCGCUUCCACCCAUCCCAAAGAUCUCCUACCCAGGUGAGGAGAUGUGCAUCGUGGCCUGCACCAACAUUGAGAAGAUAGAUAGGCUACUCUUCCAGAGCAAGACGGUUGAUUGCUGCGGAGACCCAUUGAAGGUUUGGGACAUGCACUGGCCAUGGGGUGCCGGGAUGUUCGCCACAUCCUUGGGCCCAGAUGACGCUUGCUUCGUGGCUGGCGCCAAUUGGCAGAAGAACUCCGGCCUCAUGUGCGUUUGGGGUCAGGUUUGCGCCGUGCAGAAGGAGUUCAUUGAAGCCUCCAAGACGGAUGAGUGCGCUUAUGGCUUUAUUGGCCGCUGCAUUUGGUACUUCGUCCACCACACGCCUGUGCGCCGAGUGCUGAUCAUCGGCGGAAGCUUCUCCGGCUUGGCGGCGGGCCGCGACUUGGGAAGUCACUACUUGGUGACCAUCAUUGAUGCGAAGGAGUAUUUCGAAUACACCCCGGGAGUGUUGCGCGCCUAUGUGAAGCCAAAGCACUUGGACGCACUGACCUUCACCCUGCAGCCCGUGAUCGAGACGCGCAUGGGCUGCAAGUUCAUCUGGGGCGAAGUGAAGGAGCUUAAUGCAGAGCAGAAGACGGCCACCUACAAGCCCAUCUUCACGACUGAGCGUGAGACCAUUGAUUUCGACUACUGCAUCAUCGCGGCAGGCUGCAACUUUGGGCCCUUCCAUAAGUGGGGUGAAUCCCUGUGGUUCCCCACCAUCCACGAAGAUGCUCGACCCGAAGGCAGCUGGCCACAUUUGGACGAGCGGUAUUUGGAGGGUCGCCGCCGACACGUCUUGGAGGAGUUCAACUUCCUGAAGAGUCUCCACGACAAGUCGGCCACCUGCCUCGUGGUGGGCGCUGGCUUCAUCGGCGUGGAAUGGGCCACGGAGAUUCAGCACUUUUUCCCCAGAGUGAAGUUAACCAUCAUCGACUUUUUGCCACAGCCCUUGGGCCCCCUCCCUGCCACGGCGGCCAAGUAUUGCGAGAAGUACAUGAACAAGGUUGGCAUCAAGCAGUUCUGCAACACCAAGUACGAUGCCAAGAAUCCUGAGUUCUGGAAGAGCAUCGAUUUGCCCAACGGUCCGGACAAGGAGUACGUGUGCAUUGGUGUGAAGGCGUCCAACUACUUCAUGCCAAAGGAGACCCUGAGCGAGAAGGGACCUGGUGGCGGAGGUUGGAUUCUGAUGAACCAGAACUUGUCCGUCAAGACUCGCGAUGGCAAGCUUUGGGGCGCAGAUGAGAAGGGCUUCCCCCGCAUUUAUGCUGUGGGCGAUUGCAACUACGGGUGCAUUGAAGAGGCAGGCAAGAAGCCAGACGAUUGGCCGAUUCCACCCAUCCCAAAGAUCUCCUACCCCGGUGAGGAGAUGUGCAUCGUGGCCUGCACCAACAUCGAGAAGACAGACAGGCUGCUCUUCCAGAGCAAGACUGUUGAUUGCUGCGGAGACCCAUUGAAGGUUUGGGACAUGCACUGGCCAUGGGGUGCCGGGAUGUUCGCCACAUCCUUGGGCCCAGAUGACGCUUGCUUCGUGGCUGGCGCCAACUGGCAGAAGAACUCCGGCCUCAUGUGCGUUUGGGGUCAGGUUUGUGCCGUGCAGAAGGAGUUCAUUGAAGCCUCCAAGACUGAUGAGUGCGCCUAUGGCUUCAUUGGCCGCUGCAUUUGGUACUUCGUCCACCACACGCCGGUGCACCUUUUCGGCGGUGGCCCCCGCUGGGGAUACUAA